AUGCUAAGACUUGAUUAACAAUAAUAAGUUACAUCUCAUCCCACCCCUCAAUAACUUUACAACCAAGAGUUCGAAUAACCCAAUGAACCUGCAAUGUAUAUGUCUUUAAAUUAUCAUAAGACUCAUUAAUAGAUAUAUUCUUAAGCAUCUUAGUUUAGUUAACAUUCUAAAUUAUUUGAUUUAAGAAAAAAAUACCUUAAAAAUAGAGAGGACACUCAAAGACGUUCAGUAUCCCAUCAUAGUAGAAUUCCACCUAAUCGGUCUCCUCCAAAGACUCAACAGACAAAAAAAUAGUAUUCGCCGAAACAAGAAAAUUGUCCUCUUUAACAAAAAAAGAAGACUCCUCCUGUUUCAAAAAAUUUAGGUAGCAAUUUGAGAAAUAUACUUAAAACUAAUUUUGCUUAAUAACCUAUCUACGAAGAAAAUCCAUAAAAUGAAAACAUUAGAAAAGAGUACUCUUAAAUUGUUUAAAUCCCAGAGGAGUAUUAAUCAAUCAAUAGUUAUACAUUCUUAAAAACACUUGGGAUUGGUGCAACCGCAGAAGUAAAAAUGGCUAGGCAUAAGGAUUUAGAGAUUGAUGUAGCAAUUAAAAUAUAUGAUAAGAAGAAAAUGAACAAUAUGCAUUUAAAAAAUCUAGAAAGAGAAGUUGAAAUCUUAAAUUAACUUAAACAUCCAAACAUAAUUAACCUAUAUCAUAUGUAUGAAAAUGAGAAGUCAAUCUAUUUGAUUAUGGAGUAUUCAUCUCCAACAAAUUUAGAAAUGUUUAUGAAAGGAAGACCAUUCAAGAGAAUAAACGAAGAUGAAGCUAAAAUUUUAUUUCGACAAAUUUCAGAUGCUGUAUAUUACAUGCAUGAGCAAGAUAUUUGUCACAGAGAUCUAAAAUUCGAGAAUCUUUUAAUCGAUUAUAAUACUAGAAAAAUUAAACUAAUAGAUUUUGGAUACUCUAUCAAAGUUAAUGGGAAAUAAACAUGUUCAUGUGGAACUCCAUAAUAUAUGGCUCCUGAAUUAGUUAAGAAAGGAUCUUAUGAUCAAUCUGUAGAUAUUUGGGCCUGUGGAGUAAUACUAUUCAAAAUGGUAACAGGAGUAUUUCCUUUUAGAGGAAACUCAGAAAAGGAUUUAAAUAAGAAAAUUUGUUUAGGCAAAAUAGAAUAUCCAUCCUUUGUUUCCUUUUAAGCCAAAUAAUUAAUAUCAAACAUGCUAAAAGUAGAUCCAAAGGAAAGAUUAACCAUGCAAGAAGUAUAAUAAAGUUAAUGGUUAUAAUGA